AUGGACCUGCCGGUCAAUAUUGCACAUUCUGGUGAUCACCAUCCACCACCUGUCAUCGAUGGGUCGCCAUGGAAGCAUUACAAAACAGCCUAUGGGCUUGAAAUGGGCGGUUACGUCGCCGUUGUCUGCAAGAUCCCCGCUACAGACAGACUAUUCUCAAUGCACAGUAUCUCCGGCCCCAGUCGGGCGCAAAAGGUCGACGUGCUCCGGAGCCUAAACCACGAGAAUAUCCUCCUGCCCGAGGAGAUAUUCACAUACGAGGACUCAAGCUGCGCUAUCACCGAGGCUGCGGCCAUUUCCCUGGGAGAUCUCGUGCUGGUCCGCCCAGACGAGACCCAGCUCGCUGCUAUCGUAGGCCAGGUCCUGCGCGGCGUAUGCUACCUUGCAUCUCGGGGCUUGUCUCAUGGAUCGAUCAGCCAUGCGAAUGUCCUUCUGACCACUAAAGGGAUUGUCAAAAUUGCUGGUUGCGAGGGAUGCUCUUCUGCUAGCGGAGAGACCCGGAAAGCUGAUGCGCGAGCAUUGGGAAGGGUCAUGUGUUGGCUGAUGGGCGAUGAGACCGAGAUCGCCCCGGGAGGUGACGAACCAGAAAAGAGCCCGCUCCGGCUGAAAGACCCUAAAAAGUGGUCGGCGGAAGCGGUCGAUUUUCUGAGUCUCACCCUUAGCGUGUCGGUCCAGACGCUGGCGGAGAUCAACGAGCUGAUCCCGAAUGGGAAGCGAUAUCAACUGCAGGUGGGUGUCUCCUACCGACAAAUCGUGGAGUACCUGCAAAUGUUGAUUGUCAUCGGUACUUCUGUCUGUCAUCAGGCUCUCGUUGCAGAUGUUCCUGGAAGACUGAAACCUUGCGAAGUAGAUCGAUGUGACCCCAAGUCCUCACCAAAUGCGGAAGAUUCUCCGCUCGGCCCAGAGGAUCUCUUCAUCCAGUUCCUUUCUGAUAAGGACUUCGAGAUUAACAUCCGCCGUUGA